ACUCAGCUGUUUUUCAUUUGUAACGAAUAAAAAAUGCCGAGAAUUAGUGAGAAGCCAAGACUUUUAAAGUUAUUAGAAUUAGCAGCAUCAAAUUACUUAGUGCUUAUUGAAUUCUUUCGCGAAGACAAUGAAGAGGGUAAAAAUGAAGAAGAUGAAAUGAUGCAUGUAUUGGCUUUAGGUGAAGAAUGCAGGUACAUUCAAGAAGAUCACACGUGUCACUUGGAAAUCGUUCGAUGCUAUUUUGGGUCUAAUAAAGGGAGACGAUCUCUUCAACCAAACUCGAUCGUGGAAACCCAACUAGCAAUUGUGUUGUAUCGCUUAGGCUCUAAAGGUGAAGGAGGUACUCUGUCAAAGGUUGCAGGCUUAUUUGGAAUCAGUAAUGGUGGUAUCAUUCAGAAUUUAACCGAACGCAUCUUCAAUGCGUUAUUAAAACAUAAGGACCAGUAUUUACUUUGGCCAAAUACGGAAGAACGCAACAAUCUCGUUUCUGAGACUUGGAGUGAAUUAGAUACCUAACUGCGUAGGAUACGUGGAUGGUACCGAAAACCAUUGGCAGGAAAACCUUUACAAAGUCCGGAAGCGUACUUUUCACGAAAGCACAUCUACUCCGUUAAGGCACAAGCCGUGUUCGAUCAUAGAUUGCAAAUAAGACACUUGCAGAUACAUUUUUGGGAGAAGGUGAAUGGAUCGCAGGCGACAGUGCAUAUAAAUUAUCUAAUACUGUUAUAACGCCAUUUAGAGAAAAUUCUAGAAAUUUAACCCCAGUGAAAGGAAUUUGUUUAACAAAGUGUUCAGUCGAUAUAGAACUCAAAAUUAACACUGUUUUGGAAUGCUGAACGAAAAAUUUGGUAGUUUAAAAAGCUUAAGGCUCCAAAACAAAAAUGCAAAUGGCAUAAGACAUUAAGGGGGUAUUCUGGUCUAGAAGCAUGAAUUUCAGGUA